GCGAUCCCCCGUGUAAGAGUGAGGUGGAGGAGGACAUUCCAGUCCAUGUGACCACAGAAAAUCCCUGUGAGAAGCCUGAAGGAAACAUCAUGUUAUCUCUAGAUUAUAAAGAAGAUGAAGACACCAGGCAGCGCUCUUCAGGAGAAAACUUCAUUACCUGUAAUGUACAUCCAGGACUUCACAGUGCAGAGCCAUCAAAUAAUUCCCCCAAGAAUGAGGAACUUUCUAAUGACCAAUCACAGAUUAUUAACCCAAGUCCAAAUCUAUCAUAUAAUCAUCCUAACCAUGAGGAAUCUUCUGACCAAUCACUGAUUAUUACUCCAAAUCUAAGGCAGAAACGGGGUAAAAGGUUUAAUUGUGAGGAACGUGGAAAACAGUUCAGAUAUAAGUCAGAGCUUUCUAUACACAAAAGUUACACAGGAGAUAAGCCAUAUUCAUGUUCAGAAUGUGGGAAAUGUUUUCCAUAUAAAUCAUUGCUUUUAAGACAUGAGAAAAUUCACACAGAAGAGAAGCCGUAUUCAUGUUCAGAAUGUGAAAAAAGCUUUAACCAGAAAUCAGGCCUUGACAGACAUAAGAGAAUCCACACAGGAGAGAAGCCAUAUUCUUGUUCGGAGUGUAGGAAAUGUUUUACCAAGAAAUCAAGUCUUGAAUAUCAUAAGAGAAUUCACACAGGAGAGAAGCCAUAUUCAUGUUCAGAAUGUGGGAAGUGUGUUAUCAAUAAAUCAAGUCUUGAUCAACAUAAGAGAAUUCACACAAAAGAGAAGCCAUAUUCCUGUUCAGAAUGUGGGAAAUGCUUUAACCACAAAUCAAGCCUUGAUCAACACAAAAGACUUCACACAGGAGAGAAGCCAUAUUCUUGUUCAGAAUGUGAGAAAUGCUUUCGCCACAAAUCAAGCUUUGAUCAACAUAAGAGAAUACACACAGGAGAGAAGCCAUUUUCAUGUUCAGAAUGUGGGAAAUGUUUCAUAGAAAAAAGAUGUCUUACUACACAUCUGAGAAUUCACACAGGAGAGAGACCAUUUUUAUGUUCAGAAUGUGGGAAAUGCUUUGUUAGGAAAUCAAGUUUUCAUCAGCAUAAGAGAAUUCACAUAGAAGAGAAGCCAUAUUCAUGUUCAGAGUGUGGUAAAUGUUUUACAUAUAAAUCAUAUCUGGUUGCACAUCAGAAAAUUCACACAGGAGAGAAGCCAUAUUCAUGUUCAGAGUGUGGUAAAUGUUUUACAUAUAAAUCAUGUCUGGUUGCACAUCAGAAAAUUCACACAGGAGAGAAGCCAUAUUCAUGUUCAGAAUGUGAGAAAAGUUUCACAGACAAAAUAGGUCUUACUACACAUCAGAGAAGUCACACAGGAGAGAAACCAUUUUCAUGUUCAGAAUGCGGGAACUGCUUUACCAAGAAAACACAUCUUAAUCUACAUAAGAGAAUUCACACAGGAGAGAAGCCAUAUUCAUGUUCAGAGUGUGGUAAAUGUUUUGCAGGUCAAUCAGGUCUGGUUGUACAUCUGAGAAUUCACACAGGAGAGAAGCCAUAUUCAUGUUCAGAAUGUGGGAGAUGCUUUUCCCAGAAAUCAAGCCUUGUUAAACAUAAAAGAAUUCACACAGGAGAGAAGCCAUUUUCAUGUUCAGAAUGCGGGAACUGCUUUACCAAGAAAUUAAGUCUUGAUCUACAUAAGAUAAUCCACACAGGGGAGAAGACAUGUUGAUGUUUUAUUUAAGAAUAAUGUUUUACAAAGAAAUUAGUCUUUCAAACUUGCAGACUUAAGUGUUUUUUUUUACCAGUGACUUGUGAAUAUGACUUCUGUUGCUUAUUUGGAUACAAUAUUGGCACAAUGAGGUAAAAUGAACACACGUUUCUUUUAUUUCUUUUUACUUCAUUCCAAUAUAAAAUGG